CUCCUGGUGGGCACCAUACAAGAUUGAAGGCGAGUAGCAAUGGCGUUGAGCUCGGAGCCCUUGUCGGAUCGCUCUGUAAAGCUAGCGGUGUUGCUAGCCUUCGCUUCGGGAGUGCUGGUGGGGUGGCAGGCGAACAGGGCGCGAAGGCGUUACCUCAGCUGGCGGAAGCAACGGCUGCAGGACCAGCUGGCGACAACUCAGAAGAAGUUGGACCUCUCCUGAAGUGCUGAAUACAAAGAGAAGGCUUGAAAAGAACUUGAAUCAAAAGUUUCCAUAUUUUGAUGUGUAUUAAUGGACUUCUUAAAAAUAUUCUCAUGCAUCAACUUGUUUUGGAGAUGUCAAUGGAAUUACCGUUAUCUCAUUCUGUAGGACUGAUAAUUAUGAAAAUGUUCAGCAUCUGCAGAAGGAAUAUAUCUGUUGAAAUGUGUCUUUAUGGACAGCUUACCAUUCUCUACUUGGAAGACUGAUACUUAAGGAUAUUUGGUGACUGGAUCUUCCUAACAGUUUAAAUAUAACAAAAUAAAUUCUAGCUAAGAUUUUUUAAAGUUCUUGACUUUGGCUGUGAGAAUGAAGACAAGCAUAGUUAUUUUAUAUCUUAAUAUGUAGAUGCUUUACCAACUUAUAAACAUUAGUGUUAAGUUGGGUUGUAAAUUUAUUGGAAUGGUUCACACCACAUGCUAAACCAAAAUGUGGCUUGUUUUGCUUAAGCUUAUCCUAUUAUGUGAAGUCAGCCAAAUGUGGCUUAUUCAAUAAAGAGCAGUGUGUAAACUAAACCUUA